AACUGAUACUCAGAAGUGAUAAGUAGGCAAGUAACAAAAUAUGUAUGUGAGCCAUCGCUCGCUUUAGUAAAAAUUAUAAUUACAAGUAAAUGUAGAAAAAUUGCUGUUUAGUAAUUUGUAAUGGAUUUAAUAAAUCGUCAUUUACCAAGAAUGUUGUAGAUAACGUUCUUAAAAAAUUGUCAAGAUAUUAUAAUUAAUGCGUGUUUUAAAACAUUUAUAAAUCUCAACUACAGCUAUGGUGUUGGUGUAUAGAAGCACAAAUGGUAAUAGGACCAAAAUAUGUGCAUUGUCAAUGCCUCUAUUAAUGGGAUUUGUUAUUGGCAUUAUAUCAGUUUAUACUUAUUAUUUGCUAAUGAAUUAUGAAGAAAACACAAAGUUAACUCCAGUUCCAGUUAAACAUUUUAACAGUCAAAUAAAGUGGAACCACCAUCACCAUUAUCAUCUAGUGGAUCUAACAAAACCAACUAUAAAUCAUAAUAACAUAUCACUUUUGUGUCUUAUUUUUAUUAAUGACAUUGACUCAUUACUUAUGCAGCACAACGUUUGGCUUGACAAAUGUGGAAACAACAAAAUGUAUGUGAGUAAACAAGAGCACAAAUAUAUUGAUCAUGUUAUAACUGAUACUUAUUCAUCGCAACCAUGGAAGUAUUACUGCCAGACUAUAAUGUUUUUAGAUAACAAAUAUAAUUCUCAUAACAUUAAAUAUGAUUGGAUAUUUUUGGCCAAGGACAAUGUUUGGUUAAUUUAUGAAAACUUAUUACAUUUAAUAUCAUUAUUGAAUGUCAAUAAACACAAACAUAAUUAUUAUGCUGGGCAAUAUGUCAAUGGUAUAUUAAAUAUCAAUGCAGGUGUACUGCUCAAUACAAAUACAUUAACAUCUUUAGUGCAUUUAAUCAGUAACACGGAUGGUUGUAACUCAGAAGUAUCCAAUAGUGAAAGUCAAAUGUUAGAUUAUUAUUUAAGAAAACUGAAUAAUGUUAUACCAAUUAACAAUAUGGAUUCAUACGGUUGUACCUUGUUUCAUUCAAUAAAUCUUUUUAAAGGUUUUAAUGUAAAAAGCUUGAGACCUGAAAUACUCAAUAAAUGUAUGAGCAGAUUUGCUAUUACAUUUCAACUAGACUUAUCUUCCAAUUACUAUGCAAUGUUUUACAAGUAUGCCUUAUACAAAGUCAGAUUAGUAACCAAAGAAGAUCUAUUGUCUAAUGCUAAUAAAAUUAUAUCAGAACCAUCUCCAGAAGAUGUAAACAUUUGGAGGAGAGAAGCACUUUAUGAAUUGAAUCUCGACCCUAAGAAUAUGUCACAAAGAGAUUUUUUUAACUUUUGGUCAAAGAAACGUCAAAUUAUAUUAUAAUUGUUAAGUUCUAACUAUUUUAAUUUAGAUACAUUGGUUGUGGUGUCAGUGGUAUGGUUAGUUAAAAAUUUUCUAUUUCAAUUAUUCUUACCCAAUAUUUACCAAUAACUAUCCUCACUCAAUUUAUAUUAACAUUUUGCUAAAAAUAGAAUUUUGUUCACAAUACUGUAUGGUGCUGAUUCGGUAUGUGCUCUACCAACAAAUAUCUGUUUUGGUAUGCGCUCUACCAACAAGUUUCUGUUUCGGUAUGUGUUCUACUGAAAAGUGUCUGAGUCGGUAUAUUUGUAUUUUACUAAUGAUUCUUUAUAGACAAGUGUCUGAGUCGGUAUGAUCUACAGUCCUCAUAUGUCGUUUUGACUGAGAUUUAUUUUAUAUUCAUUCAAAAACCAUUAUUCACGGUCUGAAUGUCUUCUAAUAUGGCGAGAUAAAGGUCCGGACUGUCUUGACGGUAAAGUUGCCAGCAAUAGUGAUCAAGAUGGGACUGUAAAUGAUGGAACACCCCUCAUUUUCUUCAAUAAUAUAAUUUUCGCGGCCAACCAUGACCCCUCAAUGUUUUGAGUGUGGACUCCUGUAUUUACAUCGACAUAUGAGAUUUGGUGAUUUACCGUCUUGUGUACAAAACCUCGGCUUGAAUGAAUUUCUGAUCCUGCCUCGCAUUCACGUUCAAUUAUUGGUAGGAGUGUUUUUCGAUCGCGUCAAUGUGCAUAAAAAUAACGGCAAUCAUUUCCAUUUUUUAAACCAAAUACCCAGGGGCCAUCUACCCUUGCACCGUGAUUUCGGUUAUUAAUUACUUCAGCAUUUAUAUCUGUCAAGGCAGGAGGAGCGUCACCAGCUAAUAAUCUACCCCUAUUAUACUUGCUUCGACCAGCAAAACAAGCUUCGUCAUUCUGUUUUGGAUUUUGUACAUUUCCAACCAUUUUUUUUUAGUCUUCAAAAUAGCUGUACUUACUUCUCGGCACAUGUUAAACCAGUCGGCGACACACUCAUUACUUUUUCCUGUUCGAUUCAUUACCAUUUGUGGGGGUAAUUCCAAUACAAACAUAAAUGCAAGGUCAACAAUUUGACAAAGUGUUAACCCACUGUUGCAACGUUGGUUCAAGUCAGUAAAAUGAAAAAAGCUGCUACCAGCUCGUGGUGAUCUUGUUGUCUGACAGCCUUUUUUUAGACACCGAAAAAUCGACAUCCACUCUUCAUUACGGCAUUUCCGUCGUUUUACCUGCAUUUCUGUGCCACGUUUAUGC